AUUUGUCACAUUUUGUGUCAGAAAGUAGAACUACACAGUAAUAAUCAUCGUCCCACAAAUGCAGAUGCUUGAAUAAUGGCAUCAGUUGCUCGAAAUCCAGGAUACAAGAGGAUAUCUCGACAUUUUUUGAAGAACUGUGGAUUUAAACUUCUCUCGGUUGAUGAGACGGCAGUAGAGGCAGUAGUCAGUCAUCCCGGGCCCACAGUAUCAGAUUAUGAUGUUUAUGGUCAGCCAAAAAUUUGGAACAUGAUGAACUUAGUGGUUUCUGGCAGGAUGUUUGUUCACCAUCAGCCAUUAGAUGAAAGUGGCAGAACAUUCAGGGACUUUGAAAAACUGACAAGUGAAUGCUUAACAUUCCUUGUAACUUCAGAAGUCUGUUUCACCAAGGCCUUGUAUGACCCCGAUGUACCUAAAAGUACACUGUUGACAACUGUGAAGGGAGGCUACAUUGGAAAUACGUCCUUUAAUUCACACUCAUUUUUGAAAUCAGCAACCAAUGAACUCCUCAUCAGCAAUAUCAACCAAGUUGUCAGUAUUGAUUUUGAAACCAGGCGACCUAAACCACUGCCCUCUUGGUGGAAAAUGAAGUAUGCAGAGACAGCUAAGAAUUUUCAGUCUUACAGACUAGAGAAGUUUCCAAGGGCAGAUAAAACAAGUAUCUACCAUGCCAAAGUGGCAUGGAGUGACACUGACAUGAAUAAUCAUACUACCUGGAGUGCUUAUGUCCGAUAUGCCAAAGACGCUGCCCAUCAUGCCGCAAGAACUGGUUCCCUGCCAAGCUUUGAAGAGAAUCUAGGAAAGGGAAUCAGCAAAAUUCAAUCUCAUUAUUUAGGAGAGUGUUUAGAGGGUGAUGAACUCACUGUACAUGUAUGGGAAGAUUUAGGAGAACAUUAUCAAUUAAAAUGUCACAUUGACAAAGAUGAGAAUUGCUUAUUUCAAAGUGUUAUAUCCUUUUUUAGUAGUUAGAAAAUAUUAGAUAUAUUCUACCUCAACAUAUUUACUCUGUACACUAUUUAGUGUAAUGUACAUUUUUUGUCACUGAUCAGUCUUUGUACAUGAACAAAUUAUGGAAAAUUGCAAUAAUUGUUGAAUUUGAAAUUAAAUAGAUUAAAAUUUCAUUUAGAUUUUGUGUAAUUAAAUAUUGCAUCAUAGGUAUUCUAAAUUAAUAGAAACAUGUAUAAUGCAGUGAUUCUGACACAGAAGUCAUUUCCUUUUUGUCAAUAACUCCAUGCAUUUUCAUGAUUUUAGAGAAAAGAGGUCUCACAUACAAAACUAAAGUUACAUGUACAUGUAGCAUUCAAAUGUAAUGUUGUAUGAUCUAGUCAAUUCAUUAAUAUCCAACUAAUUACAACUGAAAUCAUCAUGUAAAAAAAAAAUUCUUGUUUUUAAUUGACUGAUUUCCUAUGACGUAUUUUGCCUUUGAGUUAUUCCCUUAGCCGCAAAGUAGUGAAUUUUCCUCCUUGAGCAACUAAUUUUAAACAUGCAUGGAAGGAAUAUAUGGGGAAAUAUUUACAAUCUUUAAAAUUAUGAAUAAUAGAAGCUUUAACAAACAUACAUUUAAAAGAAAAAUAGUGAUAUCUUUACAGCCAUAACCAGUAUAACAAAUUGAACUUGCUUGAAUAUUGAAGGGAUCUUGGAAUGUUGAACUACAAUAUGGUCUUUAAUGGAGGCAAUGGGGAAUAACUCUUGCUUAAAUCAUCUCAAUGGCAAACACUCUAUACUAAUAAAGUUUAUGAGGUGUAAGAAGACGGUACGGUUUGAGCUUUAUUGUGCCCUAAAAAUUUAAUGUUCUUAAAAAGUUAUGAAAUUGGCUUUUACAAUAGUUGAGUAGAUGAAUAUGAUAAAUCAUAAAAGAAUAUGGCAUGAUGAAGAGCCUUUUUUGAAAUAUGACGUCAUUAAUUUGGUAUAUAUUUAGCUCUUCUGAGCCAAAGGCUCAAAGAGCUAAUGCAAUGGCCAUUUGUGCGGUGUGCAUUAACUUUUUAGAAUAUGGGCCAUAACUCAAG